AUGUAUAUACCAUAUCGUUCAUUGUUUGCCUUACACUUGUUGACGUUUAUCAUAACCUGUGGCUCGCGUUCGUUCGGUUUUAUCGACUUUGCCGAUGUGAAGACGGCCAUCAAGUGGAUGGACGAGAACCAGGGUUGGCUAACAUUAUCGGAUGGUCGUCGAGUGCAGGUGGAAUAUGCGAAAAGCGAUCCAGCAAGUUGUGGGCGUCGUACCGAUCAUGAUUGGACGUGUGCUAACUGCUCAGUUCAAAAUUUUUUCAAGCGUGAUGUUUGCUUUAAAUGUGAUACCGAAAAAGGAGCAUCAAUGAAGCUUGAGAGGCAGGGUCUUCAUAUGGUCGGUGUGGUGCCAUGCGACACGCUUCUUUUACGAGCACUACCAGAAGGAUGUACGACAGCCACUUUGUUCGAGGGCUUAAGCCAGUACACAGCACUCACGUCUAUUGUUCAACUCCAAAUAUCGGAUUCUAAGCAGUACGCAUAUAUUCAGAUGAAGAGCAGUGACGAGGCAACACUGUUAUUGAACUCGUCGUAUAAGGCUCCAAUCAAGAUAGGAGGGAAAGAUGUGGUAAUGACGUUUUGUCGCCAUUCCAUGUCCCAUCUCAUACGACAACAAAUUAGCAUGCUCCAAAGUCGAAAUCCCAUCCCACAGCAGAACCCAGUUGGCUUGAAUCCUAAUGGGCAGCCACAAUCACUACUCGCAUCGGCUCAACAACAGCACGGUUUCAAUGUUCCACCUCUGGGGCAACAAGUAGCCAUGAUGCCAACAAUGAAUAUGCAUCCAUCAAUGGUGCAGCAGCCACCUCCAUUACAGGCGGGAGCUGCAGCAGUACAACAACCACCUUAUGCUGUGGUCGCGACUACACCAGUGAACGGCAUUAUUGGCAUGACUCCAACUCCACGAGGAGUGUUUUCUAAGUAUGUCGUACCAAACCCUGCAACCUUCUGCUUUGAUCAAACUUCGGGGUACUAUUUGGACCCAGAAACGAAAUUCUAUUAUGAUCCAAAGACGGGUUACUAUUUCAACAAUGACACGAGAAAAUGGUGCACGUGGGAUGCUACAUACUCUACCUAUUUCCCGAUUGAGGACUCAACGAAGAGCGCAAACGAUAUCGCCAAGGAAAUGUUGAAAUGGGCCAAGAAGCAAGAAAAAGCAACUAAAGUACAGUUAUCGCUGAAGCCACUAGUGAAACCAUUGGAGACAAAGAGUGCCUUCGACAAUUCUCAGGUAGUAGGUGGAGCUGGCGCUAAUGUUGCUCAUAAAAUGUUAGAAAAAAGUCAGGUAUGUUUCUUAAAUGCUUCUGCCCCUCCACGCCGCCAUUUACCAACUGCUCAAGAGCAUCGUGAGAUGAUGGAAAGGGCUUUGGUUGAUGAGGGAAAAAAGAUGUGCUUGCUCUGUAAAAGGGCGUUUCCUAGUGUGGACGUACUGCGUAAGCAUGUUGAGAAGAGCGAAUUACAUAAGAAAAAUUUGGAAGACAAGAGUGUUGAAUGGGGCCGUCAAUACCAAACGUUACCGCCUCCCAGUGAGCCUUCUGUAGAGCAGAAAGUCGUCUACAGAGAUAGGGCGAAGGAAAGGCGUCAGGCUUUUGGCUUGGACCCUGGUGGUAGGUUAAGUGUAAUGGUAGAUAUAGACGAUUUUGGUUGCCGUAGUGAAGAGGCCCUGAGAAAGGAAUCGGAAGCAGCAUCUUUACGACCAUUAGGAGACGAUAAUAUUGGGAGUCGAUUGCUGAAAGGAAUGGGAUGGCGAGAAGGUCAAGGUGUUGGUCGAAAUGGGCAAGGAAUUCUUAACCCAAUAGAAACACAAAGGCGGGUUGAGGGAGCUGGUUUGGGUUCGGCUGGAUCUAGGCUACUACAUUGCGCCGAGGCAUCUCAUCAAGAGCGAGUGCGAGCCACGUUUUUCAGUAGAUAUAAGGACAUGAAUUGA